AUGGCGGACGAAUUUCUUCAAAAAGCGCUGCAGAAGGCUCGUAUUUUUGGCGAUAAAAUCUGGAGCCGUGUAGUUUCAACUGAACAAAAAUGCACGCAAGUAGAUAUGGCCGAUGCAGUGCUAGCUACUGCACUAAGUGGAAUAACAUUUCCUCUUUGUCUUGGUGUCCUACAAACUGGUUUGUUUCGCCCUCUAAGGAUAACUUCAAACCGUCGCUUUAUUGGUUCAGCCUUCGGUACUGUUUCUUUGCUGGUUUCUGGAAGCACAGCGUCAGCUGUAUUUCUUUCCAGCAUUGUACUUUUUAAGGAAAUCAAGGGCAGCUCCUUUCGAAUCUUAACUGAAAAACUCCAUUCUUUAAUACCAAAUACGACAGUAGAUGUUGCAGUUUGUUCCAGAGAUAUUCCUCUGUGUGGAGUUGCAAGCUUAGUGGUGUACAAAAUUUUGGGCGGAAGGUUGCGAUCAGUUUUGCCAAGCAGCUUGAUUCAUCCAGGAGCAUUUGCUAAAAGGUUUAUUCCAGCUAAAGGGAAAAGAUAUGCUUCUGAUGGUGUGAAAAGAAAGCUUGCGUUAAUGGGUGAGUUUUUAAGGCUUUCAAGUGAAUAUCAAAUAAAUGGCCUCACAGCCAAUUAGCCCCCAAUCUCUAGAUGAUCAGCCCCAAAUCUUGAAAUGCAUAUGAAUGCUUUAGACAAAUUAAUUUUGCUGUGGCUAUAUGCUGGGCAGCCGGGAAGGGUCUAGACUUGCAGAGACUUGCUACAAGUCGACCUAGUUCUUACCCGGGUGAAAAAAGAGCAAGCGAAGCGAGCUUCAUUGAGGUCGCGGGAAAAAAAAAAAUUCAAGGACUUUUAGAAAGUCUAAGAAGGGUCUUAAAAAAACUAAAUAAAAAUAAAUGUCCAGCAGUCAGAACAUUUUCUAGAAUUUCUACAAAAUCUCUUGUUCUAAUCAUUUUGAAAGCAUUCUAUCGUCAUUUACAAUUACCAAGCAGGCCUGUAGCCAGGUUGUUUUAUGGGGACGUGCAAUCCAAUGCUGAGAUAGACCAAAUGAGGCCAGAGGGGCAAGUCCCUGGGGGGGGGAGCUGUGGUUGUCUGAGACUGAAUUGCGUAGCAAGUUUGCAAUUGGGAGGAGCUCACUUCAAACGUGUUAGCAUAAGUCUGGGGGCAUUCUCCCUUGGAGAAUGUUUAAAUUUAACCCCUCUGAAAUGGUUGGACAGAUAUGCAUCUAAAACUAGCAUGGUGUGGUGAAACAUAUAUACUUUCUGCAACAAAACACAUUGUCAGAAAAAAUACUUUUCUCCGCAAAACACAUGAUGCAACAACAAAAAUUACUAUUCUCCAAACCAUUGAACUUGUUCGAUAACGGAAGUUUAGCUCCGUGUUGAACUAAAGCAGCUGAUGCAAGAACAAAAGAAAAGAAGAACAGUUUCUUCACUUUCAUUGUUUCAAAUUUACUGUAGAAAUAUAAAACAAUGGAUUUUUGGGUGAAACGUUGAAUAAGAAAGUAACUUCGAUUUUUUUUCUAGUAUUACUCCAAACCAAACCCCCUUUUUAUACUUUACAAAGGCUAAAACACGUUUUGUGGAAAGGGUGAGUCAGGCUUGUGACCUUUUUCACAGCAUGUUCAAUGUUACUACACAAUCAGUAAAUUAGAAUAGAACAAUACUCCUACUUCACUUUGUUUUAAAUCACUGAUCAAUAAAAAAGUGGACCUCUGGUCCCUGUGAGGGUAUACGAGUGCACCCAUUGCAACCCCCCCCCCCCUCCUCCCUUCAGGCCUGCCAAGGGAUCAGGAAAAAAAGAAUAGCUUUGCACUCAAGUGGUUGUGGUGUCUUGGCCACAGAGUAGAGUCGAUGCCAUUUCAACAUAGAAGUUCAGAAAAUUCUAGAGAAAAAAUUCUCUAACAAAAUAGUGAAAAUUACAUCAUCAGAGUGGCCACAGGCAGAAGGGGAAUAGUCAAGGUCAGGGUUAGAAAAAUGGAAACAUUGUAAUUCUUGGGGUCUUUCUGAAUGUACCAUCAUCACAAGAAAAGGGGUUUUUUUGUUUAAUGCACAUAAUCUGUGCCUCAGUACCUACAGAAAGAAUCAAUUCUUGGAACUAUGACUCUGUUGAGCUUUUUAUACCCCACUUAUGAAACCAAGUUUUGAUUUGCAUGAAGAUCUAAGUGCUGCGUCUCUGAUUAUGACUUUUACUCUGUUUGAUAGUGAUAACCAGCUUAUAAGCCUUGUUUUUAUUAGCAAGUCUGGAAAUUAUGAUUUCUUUUGUAGUUUUAUUUAUAACAUAAUCACUGCAAUUUUUACAUAACACAGGAAGAAUACAUGGUUGUCACUCUUGUGGAAAACGUUGGAGAACUACUUUUGUGGGAGAUCAUAUCCCACCCAACAUGCUGGUUAAAGAAGGACAAAAGCAGAGGUUCUAUCCGCAAUGUAGGAAUUGCUCUUAUCAACAAGGUAAGAUUACGUAUCUUUGACGGUGGCCAUAUGGGAUGCAAAAAUGUGCAUCCUUGGGAUUACUUUUCCAUUUUUUCUACGUUUGAGCUCAAACUUUGCAGGAUGGUAGAACUCUGUAUUCCAAAAAAUCCAAUGUUUUUUGUUUUUCGAUUUUAAUGGUUUCUGGCGGGAAAAUGAUGUCACUGUAAGAUUGACAGCAAAAUCUAUUUUUCAAGUUUGGGCAAAACAAACAAAUAAUCAUGAAAGAGUGUGACGAGAUAGAAACAAAUGUGAAAAACUUUUUGGAAAAGCUCAAUUGCUUUAGGAGAUGUAUAGCAUCUUGAAAUGUACUUAUGUUUCUUGGUAGUAAGAAAAUGGCGGGAAAAUCAAAAAUUAAAACCGUUAAACUCAAAAAACAAAAAACAUAGGAUUUUUUAGAAUACAAAGUUCUACCAUCCUGCAAAGUUCGAGCUCAAAUGAACAAAAAAAGGAAAAGUAGUUCCCAGGAUACACCUUUUUGUGUCCUGUGUGCCCACCAUGUUCAUGUUGCACAUGCUUGAGCAUUUUAAUUUCUGAUAAAUUUUUAAAUAUAGUUGAACCACCAGUAAGUGACAGCCCAGAAUGACAAGUUUUAGUAGAAGCUUAAGAGAGUUGGUUGCUAACAAUAGUCCAACCAUGAGGGCUCUCUUCUGGGUUGAGGUCCUACUUAUUUAAAAAGAAUUUAUUGAUUAUGAUCAUAUAUACAGGGAUUGUAGAGAUCAGACCAUGUGUUAUGUGACCAGGCUGACAUGUUGAGGAACACUCUGACAUCAUUUAAACUCUUAGCUAAAAACCCCACUAUCACCAAAACCAAUCAGAUUGCAAUACCAAACAAUGCAGAUCGAUAUUUUGUCAAAAUAGCCUUUUUUCCUUUUUUUAUUAACUUUUUGCCCUCUUGUAACAUCUGUCAGGUGCAGCACUGUCUCUAAAUUCAAAACAGUUACUAAUCAAGACACACAGCUCAUCACUAAGACGCUAUCACUUGUGGUUACCUUUGCCAAUUCCUUUGGCAAUGUUACGGAGUUAUGUCAAAGACAAGUCAGAGAAACAACAGUCACCAGUGAAAUCUGACAACAAUUGUCAAGAACCAGACAAGUUACAAAAUGCGAUCUUAAAGAAAAUUUUAAAGUUUCUCAGAUAUGGAGGCAAGGAUAGUGGAGAAGAUGAUGAAAACAGUUAA